CCCACUAAUCAGUUGUGUUCUCGCUCCAGACGAGUGCAGACGUGAGUGCUUAAAAGCGUUUUGAGUGGGACUGGCCAUAUACGUUUGUCGUGAAUAAAGCUUAAUUUUUUAUUGCCUCCAAAGUCGCUAACUCUGGAAAACAAAUAUGAUGAAAAAUUCAGAAACGCCAAUCUGUGACUUGGGAUUUGGUGUUAAGCAAGAAUCAGCCCAGCCGGAGGCUCUGAAGAAAGCUGUACAUACCCGAAGACGUUCCUCAGCAGCAUCAACAUGCUCAUUUAGUUCAGCUUGUUUCACUGGAAGUUCUGAUGAGGAGGAAAUUUCGCCGCGUGACAAGACACAGCGUAGCACUACGGGUUUCACCGAUUUCUGCGUUAAAAAUAUUAACGCUCAAUAUGCAUUUGGCCGUAGGGAAAUCGAUAUAGCCGAACAGGAAAUGCCAGGAAUUAUGACUUUGAGAAAGAGGGCACGCGAGGAUAAACCUUUGAGGAAUGCGAAAAUUGUUGGUUGCACCCAUAUCAAUGCCCAGACUGCGGUACUCAUUGAAACGCUUGUAGAAUUGGGAGCAUCAGUGCGCUGGGCAGCUUGCAAUAUUUACUCGACACAGAAUGCUGUGGCUGCUGCCUUGGCCGAAGCUGGCAUACCCAUUUAUGCUUGGCGCGGUGAAACCGAAGAAGAUUUCUGGUGGUGUUUGGAUAAGUGUAUCAGUGCCAAUAAUUGGCAACCCAAUUUGAUACUCGAUGAUGGAGGUGAUGCCACUCACUUGAUGUGGAAAAAAUAUCCUGAACUAUUUAAGGAAAUCAAAGGCAUUGUGGAAGAAAGUCUGACUGGAGUUCAUCGCCUUUACCAUAUGUCAAAAAAUGGCAAAUUGACUGUGCCAGCCAUAAACGUAAAUGACUCGGUGACAAAAAUGAAAUUCGAUAACUUUUACAGUAUGCAGGAUGCUAUAUUAGAUAGCCUUAAACGUACUACGGACAUUAUGUUUGGAGGCAAACAAGUAGUUGUUUGUGGCUAUGGUGAUGUGGGAAAGGGUUGCGCCAAAAGUCUUAAGGCCCAAGGAUGCAUUGUAUAUGUUACAGAGAUUGAUCCAAUUUGCGCACUGCAAGCAAGCAUGGAUGGUCAUCGCGUUGUAACAUUAAAUGAAGUGAUUCGUAGUGUUGAUGUUGUUGUUACAGCAACUGGAAAUAAAAAUGUUGUCACUCGAGAGCAUAUGGAUCGCAUGAAAAAUGGAUGUAUUGUCUGCAAUAUGGGACAUUCCAAUUCAGAAAUCGAUGUGAAUAGCAUACAUACCCCUGAAUUGAGGUGGGAAACUGUUAGGUCGCAGGUCGAUCACAUUAUCUGGCCAGAUGGCCGCAUGAUUAUCCUCCUGGCCGAGGGAAGGUUGGUCAAUAUGUCUUGCUCAACAGUUCCAUCGUUUGUGGUAUCUGUGGCUGCUGCCACACAAGCCCUUGCUCUAAUUGAGCUCUAUAAUGCCGUCCAGGGACGUUAUAAAUCUGAUGUUUAUCUGCUACCAAAGAAAAUGGACGAAUAUGUGGCCAGUUUACAUUUGCCCACCUUUGAUGCCCAUCUAACGGAGCUGUCCGAUGAACAAGCCAAAUAUUUGGGUCUUAACAGAUCUGGUCCAUUCAAGCCAAAUUACUAUAGAUAUUAGUAUAUGUAUGCAAUUAAUUUCCUUAAACGUAUUAUUGUUAUGCUUAUUACAUUCACAAAUUAUUUUAAUCAGUAUUCUUAUGAUUUAAAUUUGAAUAAUUACCUUAUUUGUAUUUUACUUUGAGAAAAAGUUGUAGACAACAAUUCCCAGGUGGAUACUAGAAAAACAAAAUAAAAAUUUCCCUAAAUUGUCAUCAAAA